UCAACUUCGGUAGUUCGACAUGAUCACGUCGCGUAUUCGGCUCAGCUAACUGUAAAGUUAUUUUUAAUGUCAAGACUUUGUGCGCCUUUGCAUACAAAAAAGUUUAGCGUUCCAAAAUUUAAUAAUUGACAACACUAAAACAACGAAAAAUCUACAUAAGUAGCAUAGUAUAAAUUAUUUUAGCUGUCGUCCGUCAGAGUCUGUCAAACUAAAUCCGUGAGCAUGUCGCAACAGUGGCUUUUAAACUGUGGCAACAAUCUGGUCUCCCUGGCGGUAAUUUUGCUCUUUGCCACUAAUUUGGCGUGCGUCAGCUCCAGUCAAAUCGAUGUGGAUGCGGAUUUGAAGCACAUGUUAAGUCGUUGCCAAAAGAAGGAUAAUGAGGAUUUCAACGAGUGCAUGCGGCAGGUGCUUAACGAUUUAAGGGCCUACUUUACGACGGGUGUGCCUGACUACAACAUUAAGCCCUUUGACCCGCAUCGCUGUAGCUUUGUUGAGCUGCGGCGCGGUGAUUCACAAGGCCUGGGCAGCUUUCGACUGAUCUUGCGCAAUGUCUCCGAGUUCGGAUGGGCUCGAUCCGAGGUGACCAAGUUCUAUGCCGACCCCGAGGAUCAGCGCAUCGUCUACGCUCAGUAUUUCCCGGAGAAGAGUCUUGAGGGGGAGUACGAGUUCGUCGCCAAAAUGCUGGGCACCGAGAUGAACCGAAAAGGUCACUGGAACCUCACCCUCUACGAUUACAGUCAGACCACUAGUGUGCGACGCAUCGGGGAUCCGGGUUCGCUGAUCAAGGUGCACGUAGAGGUGGACCGCAUCGGCGGAAUGGAGUUACACAUUGAGAACCUGCUGCAGGGACAACCACUUAACCAACUGGCUGAUGGAGUUAUCAACAGCAUGUGGCAACUGGGACUGCCCUUUAUCAAGCCGAUGAUAAACGAGUUGGUCAGCUCAGCAUUUACAGACAUAUUCAACGAAUCAUUCCGACACUUUCCCCUCGAGAAGUUUCUCUCCACGUGACCCUUUCUACCACCUUACAUAUGGGCAAUUCCAGGGUUUCGUACGCGUCAUCCUGACAACUUUAACAUUCAAAACAAGUGUGAAAAAUAAGUUUUUUUUACUUUUGUUUAGAAUAGCUCCUAAUCAUCUCUACCAAUGGUAAAAAAAACUUAGCUAAAUAUAUCACGUAAAUGGAAUAAAAAAAAAUACCUGAAUUUCAGACGCGACAAUAAUACAACAGCAACAUGAUAAAAACACAAAAGUCUGCGAAUCUGGAUGGAUUUUUUGCACAUCCUUUUUUCAGUAUACCUAGAGGGGUGCUAUCAUUCAUAUAAGCAAGUUUUAUUGAAAAAUUUUCAAAAGUUUUUAAAAAUGAUUAUAGAUUUCGGGCUCGAAAUAUUGCUACUAAACAAAUAAUUGAACAUUUUUUCCCCGAAAUGAUUCAGAUAUAUUUUGUUUUAAAAAAAUGGAUCCUGUUAAGUUUUGCGACAUUAUUUCUACAGACAAUAUCCGACUUUUUCUACGGCACCCAUAUGAGUUUGUGGUUGGAAUUUGGUAAUCGUCGUUCAGUAAAUGCAUAAUUGUGUUCAAGCGUACUAGCUAAAAUAUUGAACGCCUUUCUUCAAUAAAUAAGUCAGUUUUUGUAGUAUAUUGCUAAUUACGAAAAUAGUACUAAAUUAAUUUUUUUAUUUAGAGCUGUAAGGUCUACAUAAAUUUCAACUUUGUUAUUACAAGAUGUGUAUUUUAUUUAUCGUAUUCCUGAAACCCGGGCCACAUUUGCCCCUUUUUCCUGCAACAGUAUAAUUGUUUCGAUUUCAUUGGCGCCAACAUACAUAAGUUGACUUCCGUUAAUGUUGUCUUGAGCGCAUCUAAACAAAUCCAGUGGACUAUAAUUAUAGCUCCAACGCCACCGACCGCUCCACAGUACAAAAAAUCUAUUAAGCUACGGACGAUACA